AUCUUUAUUGAAAAAAAAUCAUUUUAAAUCGGGGGAGACACAUACAAGUUUUUAUUAGAGGGGGGAAUUAAGGACAUGGAAUUUCCCAUGAUGCUCUACUGCUACUGACGUCAUCGAGCAAAACAAAUUUGGUCACCAACUUGUGUUGUGUUCGCACUGGUCGGAGCUUGUCUUCACUCAAACAACACAAAUAACAAGAGCAACAAGAAACCCCAAUAUAACAAUCACCACCACAACAAAAACAACCAACACCAUCAUCACAAUAUACCAAACAACAACAAAGAAAAAAAAAACAUAGUGGAAAAGGGGUCCGACUGAUCAGCGAUAUUAAUGCUACAACAAAUUACUUAAGCAAUCCGGCAAUUCUGGCAUCGUCUUCAGAAUCAGAAGACGGUGGAGUUUCUCCCCCACCGCCCAAAAAGCAACGAGUCUCAGCCGCUAACAUGCAGUCGAAUGGCUGCCCUCAGCACAAUGGAGAGAGCGAGGAAAUAGCGUCUACUUCCCGACAGAACGGUUCUUGUUCUGCUACGGCGAAUGGUGAGGUGGCCACACUAGAAGAUAGACAACAUCUUUUGAAAACCAUGUCCCAGGCGGAUCAAGACGUAGUUCGAUUAAUCGGCCAGCAUCUCCGUGGGCUCGGCUUGAAAUUUUCUAUAGAAAUUAUAGCCAUGAUUUGUUAUGACAUUUCAUAUCCAAAUAUGUUUAAUGCAAACAAGAAUGUGAUUGAAGAUGGGAAAAUAGCUUUUGGAGGUAUAUGUUAUGCUGACCAUGAUUUGAAUGAAUUGAAAAUGUUGAUUGAAGAUAGCUGUCAGACAACUUUGAAGAUGAAAUUUCUUAUUCUUGAACAGAAGUAUCUUGAGUUCUUAGAAGAAGGCAAGAACUUGGAUGCAUUACAGUGUUUACGACAUGAAUUAACGCCGUUAAAAUUUAAUACUGAACGUGUGCAUGAACUUAGUACGUAUAUGAUGUGUAAUAAUCCACAAGAUUUAAGAGAAACAUCCGAUUGGGAAGGGAAAGGGAUUGUUUCCAGACAAAAACUUAUUGAAAAAUUACAAUCUUUUCUUCCACCCACUGUGAUGCUACCCCCUCGUCGAUUACAGACUUUACUUAGCCAGGCUGUAGAACUUCAAACAGAUCAAUGUUUGUACCACAAUACCAAACUUGACAACAAUCUUGAUGCAGUCUCUCUCCUCAUAGACCACACUUGUAAUAGGGAUCAGUUUCCUUGUAAUACUAUUCAAAUAUUGAAUGACCAUUGUGAUGAAGUAUGGUUUUGUCGAUUUUCUCCGGACGGCACAAAAUUAGCUACAGGUUCCAAGGAUGGUACUCUCAUUAUCUGGGAUGUUGAUAUGUAUACGUUUGAAGUAUUGAUGCGUAGAGCAUAUGAAGGUCACUCCUAUGGUGUAUCAUAUAUAGCAUGGCAUCCAGAUAGUAAAUACAUCAUUGCUUGUGGUCCAGACGACUGUGCUGAAGUUUGGUUAUGGAAUGUUGAGACUAGUGAAUUGAAAGCUAAAAUGAGUCAAUCUCCUGAAGAUAGUUUAACCAGUGCUGCGUGGCAUGCAGAUGGCAAAGAAUUUUUCACAGGAGGCACUAGAGGACAAUUCUACCAAUGUGAUCAAGAUGGCAAUUUUUUUGAUAAUUGGGAAGGUGUUCGAGUCCAGUGCCUUGCAUGUCAACACGAUGGGAAAGCUGUUUUAGCUGCUGACACCCACAAUAGAAUAAGAGGCUACAAUUUUGAAGAUAAAUCAGAUUUUCAUAUAUUACAAGAAGAUCAUCCUGUAAUGUCUUUCACUUUAGAUGAAACUGGAAAAUUAGCUUUAUUAAAUGUGGCCACUCAGGGAGUCCAUUUGUGGGAUCUUAAGGAUCGCUGCCUUCUUCGAAAAUUUCAGGGUGUUACCCAGGGAUUCUAUACAAUACAUUCGUGUUUUGGUGGAUUAAAUCAAGAUUUCAUUGCCAGUGGUAGUGAAGAUCAUAAAGUUUAUAUUUGGCACAUUCGAAAAGAAGUUCCAAUAACUGUGUUGGAAGGACACACUAGAACUGUCAACUGUGUACACUGGAAUCCUAAAGUGCCUAGCAUGUUAGCCAGUGUUUCAGAUGAUGGCACAAUUAGAAUAUGGGGACCUCUUGAUAAAACCAAAAAAGGUAAGUUUUUUUUUUUUUUUUUUUAAACCCUACUUUAUUUU